AUGUCUGAACGUCAAAAGGUCGCUGUGGUUACAGGCGCCUCCUCAGGAAUUGGCUAUGCCACCUCCAUCGAGUUUGCCAAAAGAGGCUACAAGGUUUUUGCCGGAGCCAGAAGAGUGGAGCCAAUGGAGCCAUUGCGUGAACAUGGAGUGAUCCCCAUCCAGUUGGACAUCACCCUGAGUGAAAGUGUCAGAGAGGCCAAGAGAUUGAUCUUGCAACACAACAACGGCGAGGAGUACGUUGACUUCUUGUUCAACAAUGCCGGCCAAUCCUGCAGUUUUGCGGCUCUCGACGUCACCGACGAAUUGAUGAAGCAAUGCUACGACGUCAAUGUGUUGGGACAGGUCAGAAUGGUUCGUGAAUUCUCACCCUGGUUAAUCAAUUCCAAGGGGGUUAUCGGCUUCACCUCGUCCAUCACUGGCUAUCUACCGUUCCCUUGGUCCUCCAUGUACUGUUCGUCCAAGGCAGCCCUCACCCAUUAUGCCGCAUGCUUAAGGCUCGAAUUGAAGCCCUUCGAUGUCAAGGUCAUCAACUUCGUCACUGGUGGAGUCAAGACCAACGUUGCUGAUACCAGACCUUUGCCUACCGACUCCAUCUACAAUGUUCCUGGUAUGCAAGAGUCCUUGCUCGAGAGGGCCCAGAUGUCCAACAGAAACAACCCAAUGGAUGCUGGAGUGUAUGCGCAACAAAUUGUCACGGACUUCGAGGACGCCACCCUCAGCGGACCGCUCAACUUGGCCCGUGGGACCAAGGCAUGGAUAUUGUGCGUUAUUUCCAGAUGGGUACCUCACUACCUUAUAGAGGCAGCCUUAAUCAGGAAGUUCAAGAUGAUGAAUGUUUUUGUUGCACUCAAAGAGAAGUUUUCCAAAGCGAAGUUGAGCUAA